UGUGCAUGCUGUAGGUCUAUGGGAAGAUUAUUACCAUGUGUCGCUUCCCUUUACAAUCGAUGGCGUUCAAUUCAUGUAUUUUUUGAAUGAUAAAAAUUAUGUAAUACGAAAAGUAAAACAAACUCCACCUUUCUGUCCGAUUCUAGUCAAUCCACAAUCAUAUUGUAGCGAGGAAUCAAAACUGAAAUGCGGUCCUUUAUAUCCCCGAAUAGAGAGAGUAAUGAACUAUGGUGGCUCCAGUGAGGCCUGCACUGACUUCAAUUUCAUCAACGAUUACAUAGCCGAUAUCAUGAAAGAUGACUACUAUGUAACAGUAAAGGUUAAUGAUCGCAAAUCUGCCAUCAAGUCCUAUUCGAAGUUAAAGAAAGAUGCAACAAUUGACUUAACUGUGGCAAUGAAUGCUGAAAUAUAUCAGAAGCAUUUGACGAGCGAUAAGCCGCCAGAAUCUCAAGCCGUACGUGAGCAUGUACGAAAAUUGGAACAGGACGAAAACGAUGAAGCUGGUCAUCUAUUGGCCCCUUCUUUAGGUGGUACACUGCAGGCGUAUAAUUUUGUGCCACAAAGUCCUAUGAUUAAUCGAAAACUGCUGGUGGCUGGUAAUAGCAUACGAGCACCACAACGGGGUUGGUUCGAUGUAGAGGGCUUGAUACGCAACUAUGUAACUGAAACUGACGGCCACGUAGGUUGGCACCUAGUCAUUUCAUAUGGCAACUUGGCAAAUUCACUGCGUCCUACCGAAUUCUGGUUGUUGGUGAAAUUCUAUGAUGCCGCUGGCAAGUUAACAAACUGGGGAGCGAAUAGGGCUAUCACCGGUUAUCACUUUCGCAAUGUACCCACCGAAGCAUGCAAAGAUUUGAAUAGUACGUGGUGGAACAUACCCUAUUAACGCAUUUUCUAAACACCUUGUAUGAAGAAUUUUAACUUUGUGAGAAUAAAUAUGUUUAUUUGCAUUUGCACGUGUUUUUGUUUUAAUUCAGUGCUCACAGUCAGGUCAUGUCUAUAGAUUUUGCUAUUCCGAUUCCUAUAUAUAGGUAUAUUUAUAUCCGAGUUUUCAAAUUGCAUACCCUCCUAUGUGUUUAUAAACACUUGAAGGACAUGUAAUUUAAGUACUGUCAAACAGCUGAAGAACUGUCAACUCGGCAGUCAAUUUUGGAUAAUACUUUUCAGCGCUACAACAACUUCCACACAUGAUUUAUCGAAAAAAACGAGUUAAUUUAAUACGUAUUUAUUACAAUUGAAAUUAAUAUUUUCAUUGAUAAGUGUUUAAGCAUAAUUAAAAUAAGAAACUAAAAU